AUUUAAAAUUUAAAUAUGUAAUUAUAAACAUAUUAAAUUUAAUUUGAGCAAAGUGUUUGAAUUAUAACUCUCCGCAUUUUUUAACUUUUUAUUUUUUUUCUAUUAAACUUUUUUUGAUUCCAAGAUAAGGCAAACCCCCUACCGUCAAAGAAGGGCAUGAGAAAGGGGAAGGGAAUUGAUCUUCUGAUGGUGAGAAUAGAAUCUCUAUUACAAACAUGGAUGGAAAAGUAGUGGCGAAUCUAGAACAAACUCAAAUGAUGUCGAUAAUAUUAAAAAGUAUGUUUAAUAAGGGUUAAACCUAGGUCAAUAUUGUCACAUGUCAAAACUUAACCAACACAUAAAGUAGUAUUUAUAGGUAUAUAGUCGUAUACAUAAGUUGCAUAUUGUCAGUUAAUAGCUUUAACUGGGCAUAGAUCUGCCCCUAAGAAAAAGCCGUCAACCACUAAAAGAACGCAUAAUUCUCGUGUUGUUCAUAGUUCAUACCUACAUACCUACAAAUUAAUGUAGGCUAAAGGCAAAUGACAGAAUUAUUACUCUAAGAAUGUGAUUGAACAACUAAGAUGAACCUUGACCAUAGCCCUUAUGUUACUGAAAAUGACUGCAUCAUAAGGACUGGGCCUAAUCUGUCUAUCUACCAACCUGCAUCAGCUAUCUAACACACAUUCCAUUAUUAGAUCCUUCAUCAAUAAUAUUUUUGUCUACAUUAGUUGUUACCUGUUAGCCUCCUUUUCAAGUAGGAACCCAUACAGUACGGAUGGAUUUCUAUGCAGUUUUGUAAAGAAAUUCGUUAUCUUGUGUUAGAAUAUAUUGCAUAUCUCAGGGCUUCAACCAUCAACUUAAGCUUUUGGUUGAGUUGGUUCUUUGACAUGGUAUCAGAAGUCAACGUGACAAGAGGUCACAGGCCACCCCUCAUUUAAAGUGGAAUGAAUAUUUAGCGUCAGGUAUGAGAAGGGUUUGUGCUGCAUCUACACUUCUAGCCCAACGGGCUUUCAUGUGAGAAGGCGUGUUAGAGUAUAUUAAAAAUCCUGGGCCUCAACCACCAACUUAAGCUUUUGGCUGAGUUGGUUCCGUGACAUCUUGUAUUUGUCUACUUACUAAAUCAGCUACAUAUCAAGAUGAAACUUCAGCCUCAUGUUAGCUAACCUUGUUUUUCAAGACCCCACACAAAAUAUUCUACCCAUAAGUUAAGUUUUUUUCCCCUUUGAACUGUUUGUCUAUGUCACAUCACAGUCUGAAAUCAUAGUGUUCGAUGUUUCAUUUGGCCGACUACUUGCCCUCAUCAGCAUGUUCAACUAUCAGCUAUCAGCUAUUUGCUAAACACCUCACUUUUUAGUGUUUAAUGCUUCAUGGGGCCGACUAGUUCAGAAAAUCGAUAUAUGGUUUUCUGUGUGGUUUUGAGAAAUGCAUCAGUAAACGAAAGCAUAGAGGUUGGUAAACAGCUAAAAUUUGUGAGAGAAUAUGCCAAUAUCUGAUGUAUCUAGUGAUCUAACCAUUGAUGUGGGUGCUUCUAGCUUUGCACUUCAUAAAUUUCCUCUUGUGUCUCGAAGUGGAAGAAUCCGAAGACAUUUAUUAGAGGCUAAGGAUUCGAAAGUGUCAAGGAUUAGUCUACCUUUGGUACCAGGUGGUUCCGAAGCAUUUGAGCUAGCAGCCAAGUUUUGCUACGGGAUCAAUGUCGAGAUCACUCUAUCGAAUGUAGCUAUGCUUCGAUGUGCUGCACAUUUCCUCGAAAUGACAGAUGAGUAUGCAGACAAAAGCCUUGAAACCAGAACCGAGGUAUACCUGAAAGACAUGGUUCUACCAAAUAUAGCAAACUCCAUAUCAGUACUACACAAAUGUGAGACACUAUUGCCUAUGGCAGAGGAUAUAAAUCUGGUUAACAGAAUAAUUACCGCCAUUGUGAAUAAUGCGUGUAAGGAACAGCUUUCUUCGGGGUUAUUGAAACUCGAACAUAAUUACCCCACGAAAGGAUUGUCGAAUUUGGAGCCCGAAACACCUGCAGAUUGGUGGGGAAAAUCACUAUCAGUUUUGAAUCUCGAUUUCUUCCAAAGGGUUUUAUCAGCAAUGAAAUUGAAGGGACUUAAACAAGAUCUGAUUAGCAAGAUCUUGAUAAAUUAUGCUCAAAAUUCUCUACAAGGUAUAGUUAUAAGAGACCCACAACUUGUUAAAGGUAACUAUUUGGAUUUAGAACUUCAAAAGAAACAAAGGGUAUUAGUUGAAACAAUGGUGAGCUUGUUACCUACACAAUCUAGGAAAAGUUCGGUUCCUAUGGCGUUCCUUUCAAGCUUGCUCAAAGGCGCAAUUGCGCACACGGCUUCUACUUCUUGUCGGACUGAUUUAGAGCGAAGGAUCGGAUUGCAAUUAGACCAAGCAAUCUUGGAAGACAUACUUAUUCCUGCUAGUUCACAUGGGAAUAAUCAUAGCCCGAUGUACGAUACUGAUUCGGUGUUGAGGAUAUUCUCGAUUUUUUUGAAUUUAGAUGAGGAUGACGAUGAUGAUAAUCAUUUGCGCAAUGAUGAUGAUAUGAUGUAUAAUUUUGAUAGCCCGGGUUCUCCUAAGCAAAGCUCAAUUAUAAAAGUAUCCAAAUUGUUAGACAAUUAUCUUGCCGAAGUUGCUUUGGAUUCAAACUUAACACCUUCCAAGUUUAUAGCUCUUGCCGAGUUGUUGCCUGAUCAUGCUCGCGUUGUCACUGAUGGCCUAUAUAGAGCGGUGGAUAUCUUCCUCAAGGUUCAUCCAAACAUCAAGGACUCGGAGAGAUACCGGCUAUGCAAAACCAUCGAUAGUCAGAAGCUUUCCCAAGAAGCAUGCAGUCAUGCAGCACAAAACGAAAGACUCCCAGUACAAAUGGCAGUCCAAGUACUCUACUUCGAACAAAUCAGGCUUAGAAAUGCAAUGAAUGGAGGACACAACCAAUUCUUCUUUGGCUCACUUAAUGGGCAUCAAUUCCCGCAAAGAUCAAGUAGCGGAGCAGGUAGUGGAGCCAUAUCGCCUAGGGACAACUACGCAUCAGUAAGAAGAGAAAACCGCGAGCUCAAAUUAGAAGUCGCUAGAAUGAGAAUGAGACUAACCGACUUAGAAAAAGAUCAUGUUUCGAUGAAACAAGAGUUGGUAAGAACACAUCCUGCUAAUAAGUUGUUUAAGUCAUUUACGAAGAAACUUAGCAAGCUUAACGCCCUUUUUCGGAUAAAUAGUGUCAAGCCUUUGAUGUCGAAGGCCAAUUCUGAAUCGCGGUUCUUCUUUCAGAAGCGAAGAUGCCAUUCUGUAGGAUGAAAUUGUUACUUAUAAUGUGAAUAUUAUUGCAUGUGAGUGUAUAGUAUACUUGAUUAGAGUGUUGAUUUUAAUCUAGAUAGUUCAGGUUUACAAUUUUCUUAUGUGUUUUUUGUUCUGAAUUUGGUUUUUCUUGUGUGGUUUUGCUGAAAGUACUCUUGUUUGAACAGCAUUAGCCUCAGUUAAGAAGCCUUUGUAACCAGUUUCCGUAUUACAUACUUGUCAAAAUUUGUUUUAUGAACUAUCAACAGUUUCAUUAUAAAUAGAUAAAAACAAUUGCAUGUUUUAUACUGAGGUGUUAACUCGGGUCAUUAGGUCAAUUUCGGGUCACAUGUUUUAGGUCGGUUCAAAAUCGGAUUUUGUGUCCAUAUUGAUUUUUACAUAAUUUUAAAUUCAUUUUGAAAUCGGGUCAAGUCGGGUUCGUUUACAAGGUCGGAUAAAUAUCAGGUCAUCGGGUAUGUUUUGAACACCUCGUCAUUCAGUCGGAAACAACCUUGUUAGUGUUAUUAGUAACAAGGCCACAAUGGUAAGGUUGCGUCUUGCGUUACAUCCGACCCUUCAAAUUCUGUCUUAGGUAGAAGCUACUUAAUGACAUUGAGAUAAUAAAAUGUUUUUAUGAUUGAUUUUUUGAAAUAAAGGUUUACUGAUUACCUUUAAGAUUGUGGACAAAAAGUUAACCCUAUACUUGAA